AUGCUGCGCAGAAGCACCGUUGUCUCGUGGAUUCUUGCAGUUUGUUGUUUCAGGUUGCUGAAAUUUGCGGAGGCUCAGGUGCCGCGAGAAGAAGUAAAUGUUCUUCGACAAAUUGCCACUACAAUGGGUGCAACAAACUGGAGCUUCAAUGCUGAUACAUGUGAAGUGGAGGCUAUCACACCAUCGCCACCAAGUGGAUCUGAGGGUUAUGUUGAAUGUAACUGCAACUUUAAUAACCACACUGUCUGCCGUGUCACGAAAAUUGUCAUAAAGAGUUAUGAUCUUCCUGGAGUUCUUCCACCUGAACUUGUGCAGCUCCCCUACCUCAAAUUUAUUGAUUUUGCCUACAAUCUCCUCACUGGUACAAUCCCACAAGAAUGGGCUACAAAACAGUUGAAUUCCAUCUCUGUUCUUGUAAACCGGUUAUCAGGGGAAAUACCAAAGUAUUUAGGAAACAUGACAAAUCUCACUUACAUGAACCUUGAAGCAAACCAAUUCUCAGGGGCUAUUCCAUCAGAACUUGGGAAGUUAAUAAACUUGGAAACUCUGAUACUGUCCUCGAACCAAUUGACUGGGAAUCUGCCAACAUCAUUUUCAAGACUAACAAAUUUAAAUGAUUUUAGGGUAAGUGAUAACAGCUUAAGAGGACCAAUACCUGACCUUAUUCAGAACUGGAAACAGCUUAGCAAACUAGAAAUGCACGCGAGUGGAUUAGAGGGGCCAAUUCCUUCACAAAUAUCUCUCCUGACUGCGUUAACAGAUUUGAGAAUUAGUGAAAUAAAAGGGCCGCCUGAGGAAUUUCCUAUGCUGAGGAGUAGUACAGACCUAGAGACCCUGGUGUUGAGAAACUGUAACAUUUACGGAAGAAUCCCUCGAUAUAUUUGGAGACUUAGAGUUCUGCACAUGCUGGAUGUCAGUUUCAAUAAGUUAGAGGGGGAGAUUUCAAGAGACAUUGCAAGAAAACUGAUAGUUGUGUUCGUUACUGGCAACAUGCUGACUGGAAAUAUACCUGAUACAAUCUUGAAGGAUGGAAGCAAUAUUGAUCUUUCUUACAAUAAUUUUACUUUGCAAGGCCCAGAGCAACCUGCUUGUCAAGAAAACACGAAUCGAAACGUUAACUUGUUCAAAAGCUCAUUGACAUCGAACAUGAGUCAGCGGAUGCUUCCUUGUACAAAGGAUAUAGCCUGCCCUAGAUAUCAGUGUUCUUUACAUGUUAAUUGUGGUGGAAAUGAUUUGACUGUAGAAGAAAGCCAUGGAAGAGUUAUAUAUCAAGGAGAUGUGUAUGGCGAUUCUGCAAGAUAUUUAAGUAGUAGUCAUUGGGGCUUUACUGGCAUCGGGGACUUCAUGGAUGAGCCUAAUUACCAAAAUUCACGUCCUAUCAAAACUACAGCAACAACAAAUCUCUCUGAGUUGUAUAGUACAGCACGUCUUAAUCCUCUUUCACUUACAUAUUUUCAUCAUUGCCUGGAGGAUGGGAGUUACAACGUGAGCCUGCACUUUGCUGAAAUACUUUUCACAAAUGACAAUACAUAUUACAGUCUUGGAAGGCGGAUGUUUGAUAUAUAUAUCCAGGAAGAAUUAGUCUGGAAAGAUUUUAACAUCGAAGAUAAGGCUCGAGGAGCAAAAAGGCCCGUUAUUGUACAUUUCAAUGUCACAGUGACAGAUAAUAGCUUGGAGAUCCGAUUUUACUGGGCUAGCAGAGGGACUGCGCGAAUUCCUAAUAGAGGAGACUAUGGUUCCCUUGUAUCAGCUAUUUCGGUUAAUCCAAAUUUCAGAAUUUGUUCGAAUGGAAGCAAAAAGAUUGUAACUGCUUAUAUAAUAGUGGGAGUUUUGUCAGCAUUCGCUUUUUUCAUGAUACUUGGCAUCCUUUGGUGGAAAGGCUAUUUGAGAGGGAAAAAACAAGCCAGAAAAGGUUUUGAAGAUCUAGAAUUGCAAACUGUAGCUUUUAGUUUGAAACAAAUUAAAGCUGCCACUAACAACUUUGAUGCUACAAACAAGAUCGGAGAAGGUGGUUUCGGUUCUGUGUACAAGGGUCAACUAUCUGAUGGUACCGUAAUAGCUGUGAAGCAGCUAUCAUCUAGAUCAAGGCAAGGAAACCGUGAAUUUCUGAAUGAGAUUGGCAUGAUUUCGUGUUUACAACAUCCAAAUCUCGUCAAACUGCAUGGAUGCUGUAUUGAAGGAGAUCAAUUGCUGGUCGUGUACGAGUACAUGGAAAAUAAUAGCCUUGCUCAAGUUUUAUUCAAUUCAGAGGAAAGCCGCCAAUUAAUUCUAGAUUGGCCAACAAGAUUCAAGAUAUGUAUUGGAAUUGCUCGAGGAUUAGCUUUUCUUCACGACGAAUCAAGGCUCAAAAUAGUUCACAGAGACAUUAAAGCCACUAACGUGUUGCUAGAUAGAGAUCUAAAUCCGAAAAUAUCGGACUUCGGAUUGGCUAGGCUUAACGAAGACGAGAAGACUCAUAUUAGCACAAAAGUUGCUGGAACAAUAGGAUAUAUGGCACCUGAAUAUGCACUCUUUGGAGUUGUAGCUUUGGAAAUUGUCAGUGGCAAAAGCAAUAGUAAUUACAUGCCAAACCACAAUUUCAUUUGCCUUUUGGAUUGGGCUUCUCACUUGCAAGAAAGUAAAAACACAGACGAACUUGUUGAUCCGAGGUUGGGUUUUCGAGUUAACAAAGAGGAAGUAGGAAGAAUGGUGAAAAUAGCUCUCCUGUGUACCAACUUAACGCCGUCCGUCAGGCCUACAAUGUCCGAAGUAGUUCAAAUGCUUGAAGGACAAAUGGUGAUUCCAGAUGUUCUCACGAUAGGAAGUAUGUAUACAGAUGAUAUGAGGUUUAAAACCAUGAAAGACUUCAAUUGGGAGAGGCAAAGCGGAAGUUCCAGUGGAAGGCAAACUCAGAAUUCAACAACAAUACGAGCAGAUGCAGAUUUUUCUUCAUCUACCGCCGAUCUUUACGAAAUCACUAGAGAUACAAUAUCAUAUUGA